CCCCCUCCCCUUCCACCCCCAUAACGUCUCUCCUACACGUCUCGCUGCUCCACUCCUCUUGUUGCCUGUGUUGGCAAAGUGGCAGAAAGAGGCGGCUGAGUCCGAGCUAGCUGCAUUAGCCACAUGCAUAAUUCAUGUGCCCUGCAGUUUGUGUGUGGGUCCGGGUCUUCUGGCUUUUCACUGGGACACAUGGGCCUCACGAAAGGUUUGUUUGAGACACACGAGGUCUGAUGGAUGAGCUGCACAGAUGGGGCUAUGAAUUCUGUAAUUUUGGAUCCUUCUCCUCGAUCCAAAGGUUCACAAAGUUCUUCACAGUUCAACGUUAGAGAGAAAAUGAUCUGUGUUCCUUGGACUAAAUUGAGAAUGUUUAAUCAGCAACUCUGUUAAUACCACGGCCAGGUUCUUUGACAACAAAGCAUUCCACCAGUGUGUUUUUCAUCUCAAAACCAGGGUUUGGCAAAUGUGUCGGCCGUUUCUUUUUCGUCCUAAUUUUCAUUUAAAAAAAAGACUUUUCUCCCCUCUUUUAUUCUUGGCUAUGAUUUAUGUUUCUCUGAGCUGAGCUGGCCCAGCAAGAACAGUUUAGUUAAGUGGAUGGUAUGAAAUUUUAAUUUAGACAACCAAAUAGAGAUGGAAUUUUCUCCAGAUUGCCAUGUGCUUUUGAAGCAGUAGAACAGUAGAGAGAGAGAGAGCGAGAGAGAGCGAGUGAGAGCGCCUUUGGGACAAGAGGAGGGGCCUCUUGGAAAACCACAUAGCUGCUUUGGACUCACAUCUGCUUUGCUUGACAUGCUUUCGUGUUCACUCGGAAACUAUCAACAACUGCAGUUCAGUCGUGUUGCUUCUCAACGGCCUGAUCAGACUCGACGACCGUCUUCCUCACGCUCUGUUCUUGUUCGAAACUGGUCGUAUGGAUCAUCUACGUCUCCCUAAAGAUGAGUUUUGACAGAACGUCGCUCUGCUCCACACAGGUGGCCGCACCAGAUUGCCAUUGGCCCUGAUGACCAGGAGGGCCCCCCGUCCACCGCUUUUCAGCCAGUCCUGGAGAAGUUACAGAGCUGAUGUCUCAGAGGGCGAGAGGGUAUUUGUGUUCUGGAGUCCAGAAGAGACAAGACACAUCUCAAUAAAUGGAGGAGAACGAGCGAUGUAGGAGCAGGUCUCCGGCUCGGAGGACAAGCCGGGUGCAGCAGGUGGUGGGAACCAUAAUACGUCGCACCCGCGAGUCGCUCAGCAGGGAGCGACUGCUGGGUGAUGGGAGGUCACAGCGCUCCAACAGUCUGUCUAAUCAGAACUUCCAGGCCAAGCUGACGCUGCAGAUCACCAGGGACCCGGUCCUGGACAGCAGCACUGGUCAUGGCUUUACCCUCACCACAAAUGCACCCCUGCUGGUCAGGGACAUUGCCACAGGGAGUCCUGCAGAUGGAAUAUUGUACCUUGGAGACCAGGUGCUACAGAUAAAUGAAACAGUGCUGGAGGACCUAAACCCUGAGCAGGUGGAGAACACCCUGAGAAACUUGGAUGAUUGCAUCAAUGUGACUAUCCUACGGCACAUGACAAAUCCCAAGUCAUCCAUCAUGUCGGCCGAGAAGAGAGCUCGCCUGAGGAGUAAUCCAGUCAAAGUGCGCUUUGCAGAGGAGGUGGUGGUCAAUGGGCACACUCAGGGAAACUCUCUUCUCUUCCUGCCUAACGUCCUGAAAGUCUACAUGGAAAAUGGACAGACGAAGGCCUUCAAAUUCGAUCAUACGACCACCGUCAAGGACAUUCUUCUCACUCUGAAGGACAAACUGUCCAUCCGGGUCAUCGAAUACUUUGCCCUGGUGCUGGAGCAGCAGUACAGCAUCACCAAACUCCUCCUGCUGCAUGAAGACGAGCUCAUACAGAAGGUGGUGCAGAAAAAGGACUCCCAUGAUUACCGCUGUUUGUUCAGGGUGUGUUUCAUCCCCAGAGACCCCAUGGAUAUGCUGCAGGACGACCCCUCUGCCUUUGAGUACUUCUUCCUACAGAGCGUCGGUGAUGUUCUGCAGGAGCGUUUCGCAGUCGAGAUGAAGUGUAAUACUGCACUGCGCCUGGCAGCACUACACAUGCACGAGAGACUGGACAGCUGUGGACAGACCAGGACUUCAGUCAAGACUAUUACGAAGGAGUUUGGUCUGGACAGCUUCAUCUCCCCAACACUGCUGAGCAACAUGAGGGAAAAAGACUUGAGGAAAGCCAUCAGUUACCACCUGAAAAAGAUCCAGUCCCUGCUGGAGCCUCGUCAGAAGGUCAUUUCUGCUAACCAGGCUCGGUUGGCCUACCUCACACAGCUGGGUGAACUCAUUUCAUAUGGAGGAAGAUCCUACACAGCUACAAUGAUGCUUCAGGACAGAGAAGUGUUGGUCAGCCUGCUGGUUGGAGCCAAGUACGGAAUGAGUCAGAUCAUCAACCACAAGCUGAACGUGAUCUCGACGUUGGUGGAGUUCAGCAGCAUCAGCCGAGUGGAGUUGCUCUCGGAGUCUGACAAAGUCAGCCUACUGCGCAUCUCCCUGCACGACAUGAAGCCAUUUGCCUUACUGAUGGACACUGUGGCAGCCAAAGACUUAGGUUGUCUACUGGGAGGCUACUGCAAACUCCUGGUGGAUCCAAGUGUCAAUGUCUUCCGUCUGGGGCGCCCAAAAGUGAGGGUGCACCGGGUUUCUGCUGAAGAAGGUUAUGUGUCUCGUUGCUGUAGUGACUCGGAUGAUUCAUCAGAUGAAGACGACCCGAUGGAUUCUCAGCGUCCAGACCCUGCAAGUCAGGAUUGGGAAGAAAGGAGGCGAGAGGAGGAAGGGAAGAGGAGAGAAGAGGAAAGACAGGAGCGAGAGGAGCACAAGGGCAAACAGGAAGUGAAGAUAAUAGUGACAACAGAGAGUCAGGAAAACGUUGAGGAAGAGGAGGCUGGCGCAUCGGGAAGUGUUUUAGGCAAAUUCAGUUUAAUGGAUGAGGAUAUGAACAUGGAGAGCACCUGGUACCACACUGACCCACGGGUCACCAGCAGCUUCUCCAGCCUAUCUAGUGGCUCCAUAAGUGCUGCACUGGAAGAGUGCAGUGUUGCAUCUAAAGCCUCAUCACGUGUCGACGUUGUCCAGGGGCAACACAAUGUAGAAAACCUAACAAGCUUGGAUGUCCAUCAACCCUACCUCCUAGAGCCAAAACACCACCAGGGCCCUCUACGGCCCACCAACCUCAAUUACCGUGCCAACGACAACACCCGCCUUUGUUUUGCGGAUCUGUCCAAGGCCAACUUCCUGCCCAGUCCCCCUGAGGCCACCAGUGAUGAUGACAAUGAAGAGAUGGAGGAGGAGGGAGUACAUACACUUAGACGCAUUUCCAAGAUUCCCAGCUCCAGGGAUUUGAGAUUGAUUGACACCAUGCCUUUCCAAAGAUCACCCAUCAAAAGAAAGAAGAAGAAGAUACCUCCCAAAGUCCCUGUCAGGACCAGUUCAAUUCCGGGGAACAAAGCAGGAAGAGCUGAGCAGCGUCGCUCCAAGGAUGAAGAAAGUCUGUAUCUCACACCUUCACCGAACCCUAAACCUGGUCUUUUGACCAAAGAGAUGGUCUCAGAUUCAGAGGAGGAGUUUUUUGAUGCACAGGAGAGGUUUACUCCGCCUGUCCCUGACCUGUCAGAUGCCGAGCUGGCCGAUCGCCGAAAUGCUAAUAGGCUAAUUGGAGCCUGGAACGGUGUCACGGCUGCUCCAGGCAGAGAGCCAUCAUCCCCUCUUGCCAGUAAAACCCAGUCCUCAAAAAUAAAUAAAGAUGUAGAGACACUAAAAGGCCCCACUAAUCAGCAUACAAGUCAACAGCCAAGUUCACCAAAGUCAUCGCAGAAACCUGAAGGUAAAGUCAAACCACCACUGGCACCUAAGCCUCAGUUGCCUCCAAAACCUCAGGUGGUUCCUCCUAAAUCCCCCCAGCAUGGGAAAUCAUAUGCCCACUGUAACGGCGAUGCAUCCGGACGUUUGUCUUCUGAUCUCCUGGAAAUGGAACCAGACACCAUGGAAUUCAAAUCUCUGACAUCUGGUGCUGGAGGUCUGCCUCUGUCAUCACCCCUGAUCACCGCUGUGAGAUGCAGCAAACAGCCUUCACAAACGGAGGAAAAAACAAAAGCAGCUAAAGCAGAUGUGUCUAAUAAAAAGGAAGCUCCUCGAGCAGAGAGACAGGUCAACGGCAACGGGCCAUUUGCAAAGAAACCACCAGAUCUACUUCCUGUUACUCAGUCUAAUCCAGGUACGAAGCCAGCCGGACCCCCUCCAGUGCCACCAAAACCUACUUCUACCAAUUUCCAUCCUUUGUCUCUACCAGGCAGCUCCCCUGUUUCUCCCACAGAGCCAAACAAAGGUAUUAACCCCUGGAGCAGCCGUAAUGGCAACAUCCCGUCAGGACCACGGAGAGUUUCUCUGAGCCACGAGAGUCUGUCACCGAAAAAUACAGAGGCACCCCUCUCUCUCACCACCUCCCUCACCUCCACUAACUCUAAAUGUGAGAGCAGGGAACCAGGGAGGUCUGAGUCUGGAUCAGAUCUCAGGACCAGCUCCUCCAGUCUGGGAGGCAGACUCCCGGCCUCUGCCCUGAGAGGGAAAAUCCAGUGUCUGCCGUGGUACAUGACUCGUUCCCAGGAGAUACUGGGAACACUGGACUAUCCUUCCACGAGUUCCAUCAAUGGAGACACAUCUGGCUUUGGAUCCGGUCUGUCUGUAGCAAGUGGUUUAUCAGAUUUAAACAAGACUCCUGUCAAGGAAAAGGAGAGUAUAGCCUCUAAGUCCAUUUUAGAGGAUGGUGCUGAGGUAGUCAUAGCAACCAUCAAAGAGGCCCAGGAAGUGACCUCACACAUGAGGAAGGCCAAUGGCACCAACGGCUCCCAUCCUAAUCUGAACUUUAAAGGGGAUAAUUGUGUCUCCUCCGAGCAGCCUCAGUCACGGCCUCACUCUGCGGUGGGUUUAGGGGGUGUGUCCAGCAUGCAAAUUGGUGGUGACUCACCCACCUCAUCACUCGCAGACAGCACGCCACCACAGCAGCACCGCGACGCCUGUGGCUGUCACACCGUCUACGCCAACUGUUUCAGCGGGGACACUGAGGAUGGGGUCAAUUUUGAUGAGGAGCUGACCGUUUAUGAGUUCUCACAACGCGCACGGCCAAGACCCACGCAACAGCCACCGCUCCCUUCUCCUACAACACCGCCUCCGAACCCUAAUAUCUUGUCUCUGCUAAGAGACAACCCCCGCCCGCUCACUACUUUCUCCACCGCCUCCUCUGAACUCAGUCCUUUAGUUUCAUGUCCAGUUUCCCCCAAAUCCUCCUACGGUGGUCGGCUUCGUUCUCUCACAAACAAAAAUUAUGGGGGGCUGAAGGGAGGUUUUGCCUCCCUCCGUCAAGAUAUAGACCAACUCCUACUAGUCCUAGAGAAUCAAACACUUGAACCCCCACAGCACACCUCCUGUCAGGACUUAAAGCAGGAUAACACAGGCAUGAAAUUAGGACCCGAUCUGAAUCACAACGCAACUGAAGAUUGCACCAACCCCGUCAACUGUAACGGGACCAGCUCCAUCACCAUGACGGAGGCUGAAAGGGCUCUCCUGCAGGCGGAGGCUCGGCGACUGGCGUCUGGGUGUCAGCGGGCCACACGAGUGGGCUGGGCCCCCGAUGAGGCCUUGCGUUCUUUAUCCAACAGCUUCAGUGCUCUGGUGCAGCUGUCUGCGGCCUGCCUGCGGACGGACCCUUGCUCUGGCUGUAACGUUUGCCGUAACCCCAGUGUGGGCCACAGCGAGGAGGACGAUGACGGUGAGAAACCCACGGAGAAACUGAAGGAGAUAGUGGGUCUGUACCGGGACUUCGUUGGGGCCGUGGAGACGGCAGGAACUGGUAAGAACAAGAGUGCCAGUUCGGGACAGGGCGACGGAGAGUGUGAUGGGGUUCGACUCCUCGCCAAACGCUGCACUGUGCUCAUCUCCUCCGUGUUCGCACUCACACAGCUCUUUCGAACACGCACACUAGACCCAGAGCCGUCUGCUGGACCCUUACCUCUCAAGUUUUGACCAGUGAACUUUAAUCCACUUAAUACACAUGAUGACUCUGGAGGCGAGAGCCCAGCUGAUGGGUGCGUGACCCCUGUGUUUUUAAACGGUCAACGCCAUGGACCCCACAGCAAACGGACCCACUUGGAAACAACACAAGCAAAAAAAGUUGGGCCACGUCACGGCUCCGCCUCUUUUCCGACGCAUAUGAACUAUGCAUUUGUACAUAUAAAUUUUAUAAUAUAUUAUAAUUAUCUUAUUUUAUGAUACAAUAUGUGUAUGUAAGUAAGGAUUGAUUACCUGUGUAUGUAUUUAUGUAUUUAUUUUUACAAUAUUUGCACCAUGUUCUUUGACGUGCAAGUCUCUGGUGAAGAAGAAAAGAAACUACAGAUAUCACUGGAAUUUUUAUUUUCCCUUCUCUUUUUAGACAGUGUUAUGUUCCUUGACCUUUUGCUGCUUGAACGGUUUAUCCACUUCAGAAGGUGUAAUCUGUAAAUGUUUCAGAAUUUUUCAAAACGAAUAUCAUCAAUCGAUGGUUGUUACUGCGAAGAUGCAGUAAAACUUACUUCGACUCACCUGCCGGAUACAGUCAUUGACUGAUUUGUUUUUAUAUGUGCCGGGACUACACCGGAUUACAUCAGGGUGUAGUUUUCAACGGUGCAGUUACACACUAGGGUCGUCAGAUUUAAAAUAACAUCAAAACAGGGAGAGCACUUUUGACUGUUACAGAUUGUACCUUUUUUUUAAAAAAACAAAAACAAACUAGAGUCAUACCCUUCUAAGUGAAUGCUUCUUGGAAAUACGUAUCCUACAUUUUAUCAAAUGUAUGCAGUAUUAAAGCAUUACUCUAGUUUUCCUCCAAAGGGCAGUACGGUAUAUAUAUAUAUAUUUUGGAAAUGUGUGGAAAGGGCCCAGGAGAGGGGGCAUAACAGGGGACCUAAUUUAUGUGGUUGAAAAAAAAAAUAUGAACAUAAAUUGUGACUUGCCACAAGUGUGACUGUUAAACUUUGUCCAGAUGUAGCAGAGAUCCAAAGUCUUGAAACGCUGAGCCACAACUGCUUCCCACUAUGAGUUCCAGUUUUGUUUUUUUACAUCACCUGGUCGGUAACAUAGUGAGAAGAACUUGCGAAUUGUAAUCAUCUCUGUGAUCUGUUCCACCUUUACCUUAGUUUGAGCCUAUGCAAACAUCCAUCCCUCACUACCACACUGUGUUCUUAUUUGUCAUGCUCCCGUCAAAUGGUAACAGUGGCGUUCUAACCUAAUGGGUGCUUUCUUUCUUCAGAAUAUCUGGUUUUGGAGAGAAAUAUUCAACAUUGGGCAAAGUUGUUCAACAUGGGCAUCUAUCAAUAUGACGAGUCCUGUGUCCUGUGUACACUGAUGCCUUGAGUUGAAGACUGAUUAACGCUUCGUCCAUCCGCAAAUGUUAAGUAUUCGCUUAAUGAAUUACUAAUGAAUUUGACAUAUGUUUCCAGAGGCAGCUAUUGGAGAACACAUUUUUACAUGAUUUGUUUGGGGGGAAAAAACAAAAAACAAAACAAAACUUCCAGGUGCCAUGAAGGUAUUAUAGGGUAGCAGUGUUCAUUUUAGCACUAACAUCAAGACAUGUCCCAGGAGUAAAAAGUGAACCCGUGUCAACUUUUUGUUUUGUUGUCAGAAAAUGUAUUAACAUCAUUACUUUUUAUUAAUUUGUUUUUUAACAAGGACCUGUUUCUUUAUGAGCAGUCACUAAUUUCUUAUCCACAAUGACAUUGAUGUACCCGAUAUGUUGUUUAGGAAUAAACUACACACUGACCUAAA